GAAAGAAAUUUAACUUUUUUAUAAUUGCGAUUAUAUUUUACUAUACCCAAAAUGAAGUAUAGAGAUGAACCUAAUAUGAGCGAUACCACGAUAUUAAUGAGUGUAGAAGAUCUGAUAAAUAGAGCUAUGGGUCCACCAGAUAAAAAUGUAAUAAAUUACAAAUUAGUGCAGACAGUUCUUCACAUUCUUGCACGACAAAUGCGCAUGCUCGAACAACGGGUGGAGGUCAGAAUUGAAGAGCAUCUAUCACCUCGUGAGAGAAGAGAAAAGACUAAAAAAGUAGAAAUAUCUACUGAUAGCUCAUCUAGUAAGAGUUCACGACCUCAUACUUCUAAAGGCCGUAUGGGAGAGAUUUCAGAAGAAACUGAACGAGAUAAAGAGAAAGAAAAAUCAGAACGACCCAUUUAUAAAGGAGAGCAAAAACAAUAUACAGAAAUAGAUACAGCAAUAAAAAGUACACAUAAGGAAAUAGAAAUAGAAGAACAGGAUGAAACGACAAAAAGUGAAAAGGGUACCAAGCAAAAAGCAAAACAAAAGACAAUUUCUAAGAAAAGGGAUAAAAGUGAGAAAGAACUAAUAAAGGAGGACGAGAAAGAAGAACUAGAAAUGUUAAAUGACAGAGAAAAAUCUGAAAAAGUAACAGUAAAGGAAAAGGAGAGAGAAGAGCGAUCAACUGUUAAGGACAAGGAAAAGGUUGUAACAAAGGAAAAAGUGAAAGCGGAAAAAGCUAUUUCCAAAGAAAGGGAAGACAAAGCAAAUAUUGUAUCUAAAGAAAGACCAGGGGAAGAUAAAAAGGAAACUGAAGAUAAAGUAAUGAGGAAAGAAAAGGAAAGGUCUGAAAAAAAUGCUACAAAGGAUAAGCAAAAAGACGAAAAAGAUACACUGAAAGAAAAGGAAAGAGAAGAACAAGGUGGUAUUAAAGAUAAAAUAAAGGAAUUGAAAGUUCAAGAUAAGGUUGACAAAACUGCUACUACAUAUAAAAAGAAAGAAGAAUAUCAAAAGUCGGAUAAAGUAACACCUAAAGAACGAGAAAAGAUGGAAACAGAAGCAAUAAAAGAAAGGGAUAUGGAGGAGAAGUUGUUGCAGAAAGAUAAAGAAUUAGCGGAGAUGGCGGCUAAAACUAAAUUAAAACGUGAUAAGGUUAAAAUUUUAAAACUGACUUAUUCGAUACCGAGUGUUAGCAGGGCCUUUGAUGACGACAAAACUAUGGAGCAGAAGAACAAUAGUGAUGAAUACCGCCUAAAGAAUGGAAACCUCAAGUGA